GUUGACGUGACGACAGAGUCGCGUUCUCGCAAACCUCCUUCACUUUUUUAUCCCCCAGAAUCCCAACUCGCUCUUUUACCUGCGGCAUCGUCUCCAUCACAGGACUUCACUUCCUUUCCGUUCGCUCUUUCCUUUUGCAGCAACACAUAUAAGACAGUCCCUUCUAUCGAACCUUCUCAGACUCUUUACCAAACUUCCGAUCUUCAACGCUGUUGUCAGCAGCAAAGAAACAUCACCUACAAGAACCGAUUCGUCCCCAAGUACAUGGUACCACAAGUUCAAGGUACCACAAACAAAAGGUAAGACGCAAAACUAUUAGCAAGGAUGCUGCUAUCCUCAAUUCACUCCACAUCAGAUGGAAUUCGACUUGGACGAGUUUUUCGUUGGAACCAGGCUGCUUGACGAAGACGAUCCCCUCCCAUCUUCCUACAACGGCGGGCCUGAGCAAGUUGGGCCUCACAAUCAACCCAUUAUCGGCACGGGGGAUCCUUCCAGCACCGCCCGGGAUGUGGAAGCGCUCAGACGCUGGCAGUUCGUCGGGUCGCCAUUGCACGUUGCCUUGCUCGAGAAAGCGGAGUUGCAGGAACAGGCAGAGAAGUAUAGGGCGGGGGUUGCGUACCUCAAAUGGCGCCUUGACAUGAUCGAGGGUAAAUUGUACGAUGAUGCUCGGCGUACUAUAUACCUUGAACGGGAGAAUCGUCGCCUCAGGUGCGAAGUGAAGGCGCUUGCAGAGCGAUCUGGCAGUGCAGAUAAUGAGGAUUCCACACUGGAGUCCGAGGAUGACGAUACGUCGGCGAGUUAUACGGCGACGGACGAGGUGGUAUUCAUGCACGUCUCGAAUAUUAUACUCCCGAAUAUAGUAGCAAACCAGGAGGAGCAAAAGGUCAAGUCGGCAGUCCAUCACAAGCAUCGCCGCUCAGGUCUGGAGAGAAAGAUGAAGAAGGAGCGCGAUGAUGCACUUGCUGCCGUAGAGGAAUUGAAGAAAAUCAACACCGACCUUCAAUCUCAGCUCACGAUCGAGCAAUCCGGUAUUCCGCACCUGCGCGAAGGUGGUCCCGGCGAGGGCAUGGCCACGGUCUCGAUUCCUGUGGAGUUCAACAUCGAUCGAGCUGAUUUUCGGAAGCUCCAAUUCGUGUUCGAGUGGAACCAGAUCAAGGUACAGGCCGGGUUUGAGGAGUUCUACAGGCAGUGGAAGAAGCCUGCAUCGCUGCAGGAUAAGACCGAUGGAACCGACCAUGUUGAGAACAAGAAGAGAAGGAUCCGUAUUGGCGUCAACAUCGAUGAUGGCUUCACGACGUUUGGGGAACAGAAGUAUUCGCCCGUUUUCGCUGAGCAUGAUGGAUGCCCCUUGAAGCGUGACACCGGAGAUGCCUCCUCUGAGGCCAGAGAAGUGCACGACACCGAGGAUGGUGGAUGUAGCGUAUACGAGGAGCAAUUGAUCAAGAGUACUUUUCCAUGAAGGACAGUACAGGUAUCCCCUCUCACACGCUGUUCGGUCUUUGGCAGAUCUCUUUUCUCGUGAUCUCCGCCGGAUUGGAAUAAGCUUUGCAUCGACAUUGGAAUCGCCUCUUUAUUGAUAUAUUUUCAGUACAGGCCAGGAUCAAAUCAAUACCAUAACCUUUUCUUUUGUAUCAGGGCCAUUCCCGCAGUGAUCAGAGGCCUUUUGGAGCAGUGACUUGUCAUUUAGUCAAGGAUUAAAAAUAAGUGAUCCAGCAUAUAGAAAGAAAACCACUCCCAGUGGCCAUGUUAAAAUCAGACGUCUCCAUC